GGAGCAUGUUAAAAAAACAGUUAAUAAUAAUAAAUAAAAUCAACAGGUUGAGUUACACUCCCGCUCUGACGCUGUACCCAUCUUCCCCAUCCGUAUCUAGAGGGCCGUAAGACCGCCGCGUCGCUCUUGCAAAUGCUGCUCUUCGCCCCCUCGACGGCCAGCGUUUCGUCGGUUCCCGGGAUCCUCGCGGUUAGGGCUUCUGCGAAUGGGUUCCCUUCGUUCCUUCCGAAGGAAGUGGAGAAACUCAGAGAUCCCUUCGCCCGCGAUAUGGCCAAGCGGAUCGUGCGGCUCCCGGUUCAGCUCUUGUUUAGAGUGGAGGUAUUCCUAUCCUUUGCUUGAGGAUGCUGGAAUCAAUGCAUGGGCUGUGGACAUUCUUGGAUGGGGAUUUUCAGACUUAGAAAUGCUUCCUUCGUGUAAUGUGGCUGCCAAACGUGAGCACCUAUUUCAGUUAUUGCAGUUUUGGAGUUCAUAUAUAGGAAGGCCUAUGGUAUUAGUUGGGCCAAGCCUUGGUGCUGCUGUUGCAAUUGACUUUUUAACCAACCAUCCAGAAGCGGUUAGCAAAUUAAUAAUGAUUGAUGCAAGUGUAUAUGCAGAGGGCACUGGUAACUUGGCAAAACUACCUAGAAUUUUAGCUUAUGCUGGGGUAUCCUUUUUAAAGAGCAUACCACUGCGAGUCUAUGUGAAUAGCUUGACUUUCAACAAAGUUUCAUUUCAGACAUCGUUGGAUUAUAUGAAUGUGGGUCGAUUGCACUGUUUACUACCCUGGUGGGAGGAUGCCACUGUUGAUUUUAUGCUAAGUGGAGGUUAUGAUGUCAAAAACUAUAUACAAGAGAUUAAGCAAAAGACUCUAAUUCUAUGGGGACAAGAUGAUCAAAUCGUUAGCAACGAACUGGCACUCAGAUUGCAUCGCGAAGUGCCAAAUUCUACAUUGGUUCAGAUCCCAGGAUGUGGCCAUUUGCCCCACGUAGAGAAACCGGAAGUGGCGGUCGAACAUAUUAUCAAGUUUCUUCGAGAAGAAUGCCAUGCUCUUUGAUCAAGCUUAACUAAUUGAAGCAUGUAUCUGGUUCUUCCCAUUAUCUCAGUUCAUUCUAUGCUUCAAUGUAUCAAGGUAAUUCUAAAAAAAUUUCUAUGCUUCAAUGUAUGAAGAAUUCAUUUAGUCAGUGCAGGAAAUGUUCCUAGGUUAUGAUUUCCUUGCAAGGAAGCUUGUAAUAAAUAUCAAUUAAAUAUAUGAUUAACUUAAUCUGAACAAAUUGUUCUAUAAUGCAUAAGGUUU